CUUCUUUUAAAUUUAUCGUUUAUUUAUUAUUUAAAUAAAUUGCAAGUCAAUACCAUUUAAAUGAGGUUUCGAUUUGAAAAUAAGUGAGUAAUAUAAAAUGUACCAACAGCUUCACUAACAUAUUUUAGAACAAAGUUUGGAAUACUUUCCAGGGAAGCAAUAAACUUGGCGAUAGUAAAUUUGAAAAAGGACGGAGUAAUAAGUAAGCUUUGGCGCAAAUGGGCAACGUAUAACAAGAAGCCAGAUUGUGAAGCGAUCAAAAACGAGGAAUCGACUAUAACAGAAAUGAGUCUAAGCCAAGUCGCUGGUAUAUUCUACGUGUUAGUGGGCGGACUAGCUUUGGCGCUCGGCGUUGCCUUGAUAGAGUUUUGCCAGCACGGUCGAGCUGAAGCGGCGCGGGCUAACGUGCCGCUGCGGGCAGCGCUCCGGGCCAAGGCGCGCCUCGCUUCACGGACAGAACGCAAGACUCCUCCGCAACGCACGCCAGCUGAUCACGAACGCCUCGGGUGGAAUGGGGCGGCAUUUGCAGGGUACUUUACGUCGGGCACCCAAAUCUCCCAGGAGGAUGCUGUACACGCCAGCUUCACGCAUGUCUGAUCCGCGGAGAACGGCGCCAAGGUGCGCCAAACAUCAACAACUAAGAUACCGAACAACGGAGUAGAUCUUUAUCAACUUUAAUUGAACAAUUAUCGGGUGCUUGGGGCCUACCAUCAGCUCCUAAAUUAGGACCAAACCUUUCGGCAAGCGAGACAGUUACAUUAAGCAUAGUGUCUCUUCCUUAUCUAGUCCUAAUUUUGAACUUGGUGGUAGAUCCCAAAAACAGACGAUGAAUAAUUGACAGUCAGACCAAAUUAAUACUCGACUAAAUGAUAGUCAAGCAUAGUCAUUUAUCCAGACAAUAUUAUCCAUCGUCUGUUGAGUACUUUGAUGGUUAGGCCACGUAAUAAUUUUCGUAACAAUUGUGAGUUUUCAUUACUAAAUGCGAUAUAGUCAGUUUUUUUUAUUAUUAUUUGUAAGAGAAGUAAUGAAAUUCUUUGCGAAAUCGUGUUGAAUUGAGAUUUAGUGAUUUAUUGGCAUGUAAACAAUUAUUUUAUAUAUUUACACGUGGAGUUGUCUUUUAUUAUAUCUAAUUAUAUAGUGUAAAUUUAUUAAUAGAAAGGAUUUCUUGUAUAUUUUAUAUCUCUCUGUUUAGCUUCUGUGGAAUUGAUUGAAUAAAACUCGUAUUUUUGUUAAUAUUAACAGUAGAUAUUAUGUAGUAUCAAAUAUAUAUUUGAUUAAAUUAGAUUUAUAUUUUACUAACAUAUGUGUUAACGAAAAUGUAUAUCGAAAUGCAAGCAUUGAUAAUACAGCUUGAUAUAACAUAUACACAUUUUUAGUAGUAGGUAUUUAUUAAGGUUAAUUUUAAGACGUGUCUACCAAAACCUUAUCCUUAUGUAAGUUAAAAGUCACAUUUAUCAAAUAAAAUAUAGUGCAGAGGGGUCAACUUUCGUCACACGAAGCUUAUACUCUGUCCGUUAUAUGAAUAACCUUUUGAUGGCCAGUUUAAAACAUAAAUAGAACGUAGAAGCUUGUUUUCGUAUAAUUUCAACACUUGAUAACAUUACUUGAUGACUUGACAUUCUUACAAUACAGCAUACUUACGCAUGUCGUUUGCCAAAAUAAGAUAUCGUUGUGUUAGUUCUAUCCCACAUACUGAAGACUUUUAAAGAGUAAAUGUUUUAAUUUUUUUUAUUUUAAAGCGGCAUUAAAUAAACAAAAAGGACAAUGUUAAUGC